CGAUGUUGCUCUCGACGAUGAGGAUGAAAAACAAAGCACUCCUUUUUACUCGUUCUCUGGCCGUAGCUCGACGGAAUGGCGCUGAAAGACGAGGACGAGACCUAUUUACUCCUUCUCCUCGCAGAUAGCAACCUACCUACUGGUUCCUUCAUUGCCUCCGCUGGCCUUGAGUCUUAUCUCACACAUGCCUUCAAGUCCACCAUUUCCUUCGUCGACGAUAGCAUAUCUUCAUAUGCUAAAAGUGCUCUUCCAUUUGUCUCCGAUGCCCAUCGUGUUGUUUCUCGGUAUCAUCUUCAGGAAAGCGAGGCCGAGAUCCUGGCCCUUCUCACUGCUCUCGACAAUCUCUACGAAUCCAUGACUCUAAACCAUGUCGCCAGACGGGCCUCCAGAUUGCAGGGCGUUGCUCUGCUCACUCUUUACUCGAAAGCAUUCUCUCGCAGGGAUAGAGAGGCAUCUAUGUCAUCUCUGGUAACAGAAUAUAAACUAUCCAUAAGGUUAGAAGACACACCAGGUCAUCUUCCCAUAUGUUGGGGAAUCUUGACUGCUGCGCUCGGAUUAACCCUCUCCCGUGCACAGUACCUCCAUGUAUUCCUCCACGCGCGUAGUCUCCUUUCCGCUUCUGUACGUCUCAACGACUUAGGUCCCUAUAACGCCCAAUCCGUUCUUCUUCACACCGCCCGUCCCAUCAUCUCCGCCGCCGUUGCAAAAAGCGAAGCUGCUCAUACAGGAAUACUCGUCGAACUUGAUGAUGAAGAGCAGGAUGAGAAAGGACCCGCAACCACUUGGCCGCUGGGAGAGAUCUUGGCGACCAGACACGAUUUACAGCAUUCGCGAAUAUUCAACAGUUAGAUGUUAAUGAUAUUCAUCUCCUUCUCAC